AUUAGAUGUCGAUAUUUCGAGAAUCGAUCGCUAUUAAUUGACAUUGGCUUACAAAAGGGAACCAAAAAUACGAGCAAAAAGUAUUAAAAUUAAAAUAAAUAUCUUUUUAUAUUAAUAGUCUUUUUAAUUAAGUUAUUUUAAUUAUUAUUUAUUGCCAGAAGAAUGUAACUAUAAUAUUGUUUAUAAAUAAUGUCAUAAUAUACAUUGCAAUUAACACUAUUUAAAGAUCUACGACAUAAAAACAAUUAUUUCUAUAUUAAGAAAAUAAAAAUAAUGUCUGAAAAGUAAGAAGAUGAUAAACAAUAUGAAAGAGGAACAGAACUCUUUGGAAUACAGUCCAUUUAAUUUAUUCAUCUCUGAAGCUAAAGAUGCGGAAACAGUGAUAUUGUUAUUACAAUCUGAAAAUAAAUCUACUUUAUUGGCAGCCGUAGAGGCUUUGUCGAAGUAUGCUAGUAAAUCAAAAGACAAUGCAAAGAUUCUUUUUCAUCUUGGUAUUGUAAAUAAUAUUCUUCCUAUUAUCGAGCAUGAAGAUAUAUAUAUUCGAAGAUUUGCUGGAAAAUUGUUGACAGAAAUGAUAGCAGUGCCAGACGUGAAAAAUUAUUUGAUCGAAUCCGAUCGUAUAGAAUAUUUUACAAAGUUAUUAAUGAGCGAGAAAGAUACCUUUAUGCAAGAAUACCUUUCUGCUAUGCUCGCGAAGCUAUCCGAAGAUCCGUACGGUAAUGCUCUUCUAGCAAAACAUUGCUCGAACGUAAAUUUCCUAUUUGAAGUAUUACAAUCGUCAGAUCCGGAUGUAAAGAAACAUAGUCUUGAGAUUCUGCAUAAUUUAAUGCAGGAUCCCGUAGCUGCGCGUGAAAUUUCGAAAAAUGAGAAAUUUAGUUUUCCUUUGUUGUAUCAACACUUUGAAUCAUCGUAUCCAGAGAUUCAAUAUCUCGCGCUGGACGUAAUUGCGGAUAUAAUUGGUAGAAAUAAAGAUGAAGAAAUACAAUCUCUAUUUCACGAAACAAACGGAGUUAAAGUGCUACUAGAUUUUUUGAAAAAUGACGAGUACAAUGAUUCGCAUAUUAAAGCUCUAGAAGUAUUACGUUUUGCUGUCGAAAAUCUAGCUGUCGUGGAUGAACUUAUUGACAGCGGAAGUAUUUCGCAAAUUGUAAGCUACAUAAAGUAUGCAAAAAAUCCGAGAUUUUUUACUGAAGCGCUCAGAAUUGUUGUAUAUAUUGCAAAUACUUCCAACGGAAGAAAAGUUUUACAUUCCUACGGGAUUAUCGAAUGUUUGCUAAACGCUUUGCAACAAUCGAUGCACAUUGACAUUGUUGAAGUUGCUUGUUAUGGAAUUGGGGAAAUGACGCUUAAUAGUCAUGCUGCAAAAGAAUUCGCUAGCACGGAUUCUAUUAAAACUAUUUUAGAUAUUUUGAAAAAAGAGGACUUGCAGUGGUCCACAAGACACGCCGCAAGUUUUGCGAUCAAACGGUUAUUGAUGAGCGAUAUUAAAAAUUGCGAUGUUUUCUUGAAUAUUCAUGGACCAGAUUACCUGUGGCAGUUGUUAAAACACUUUACAAAACAAGUUUCUGUAGAAACUUGUAUUAUUGCUCUAGAAGCUCUUCUUACCAUAGCACGACAUCCAACUCUCAGAGAUAUCUUGAUUAACUUUAACUCUAUUAAUACAAUUUGCUCGCUUUUAGAGUCAACCUAUCCGUUCAUCGACGAAUUUAAAAUCGCUUGUUGCAAGUUAUUUUCUGCACUAUGCUUAGAAGAGAAUGGAAGACAUUAUUUUCUCAAAGCAAAUGGACCUCAAAGAAUAUUUUCUCUUAUCACUGAUUCUCAUCCAAUUUCAAUAAGAAACGCUACGUUGCAAUUCGUACAAGCAAUUUCUACAGAUUUAAGUGUAGCGAAGGCCUUCGUAGAAAACAAGUAUCUCUCAUACAUGUUGAAUAAUCGUUCAUGUUCAAGAGCGAUUCCUUUAUGGGACACUUGCGUUGAGAUUCUUCUUAAAUCGAAUUUACCGAUCAAAUUCGCUCUUACAGGACGCUUGUCUGUACGCGAUCUUACGCAGGAUGGAUUUUAUGUCUCAAAAAUUACCGUAUGCUCUUUUCCGGUGUUAGAUGAUAUCUUCCGAUUUAAAUUUUGUCCGUUAAAGCCCAUUUAUGUAGUAAACUGCAUGCGAUUACCAACGUCAAGCACUUUACAAAGCAAGACAGUUCUCAAAAAAGACAUAAAUGCAUGGCUCGAAUUAAAGUUUGGUCAGUUGCAAUGCGAUCCAGAUUUCGUCGAAUAUGUGGAACUCUUUAAACGUAUGCUUUCAGCAACAGAAUCGAAAGUUUUAAGUGUAAGAAAUACAGAUAUUGGAUCGAUGAAUGUUCAGUACGUUCCUUCGCGUGCAAAGAUGUUAGCUCGAUUCGUGGCGCGCCAAAUGUCUGGUGUGGAUUCGACGGUACCUGGAUGCUUCGACCGGCAGCUUGAAGUUCAUUUGAAGCGGAUCAAAGAAUGCUUGGAAACGAGCGUGAUUCCGCUCGGGCAACUUCGUGUAGGCUCUUAUCUCGAGCGAGCUUUGCUCUUCAAAGCGAUAGCCGAUAGAAUAUGCCUUCCAGCAGCUCUCGUACGUGGGGAAUACGGUGUCUCGUGGAUUGAAAUAGCUAUACCCCAAAUGGAAGCCUCGAACGAAGGAGGAUUAUUUAACGAUGUUUUGGAUAAAAAUAAUGAAUAUUAUCAAGAAAGAGUUACGACCGAAUUACUAGACAAAUCAACAAUUGUCCUUACAUAUCCGAAUGGACAUGAGAGAAAGAAAAAAUUUCUCUCAGAUUGUCGAUCAGUGAUCUACCCGAUCAAACUUUUGAAACCGAAUUUUAUCGUUGAUUUGAUGGAUACACCGGGAGACUUAAUCCCAAUUGGAAGUCCUCGUUCAAAGUUAUAUUGUAUUAAAAAGAUAACUAAUAGCAAAACAUGUUACUAUUGAAAACUGAUGUAUUAUUAGUCUUUCAAGAAUUUAAUAAAAUAUCUUAAUUUUAAUAAAUCUUAUAGUAAUAUUUU